UUCUAAUAUGUAGUUCUUUUAGCUUUGGCUCUUUGGCUCUUUCUCCAAAGUCCAACUAUCCUCUCCUUUUUUUUAUUUCUGUGUUUUUAAUCAAAGGGUGCAAUGGAGGAGCAAGCAGGGUAUUGGAUGUGGAGAAAGAGGAGAUCGGAUGGUUUGAGUUGUUAUUAUGAAUCAUGGGAAGAGCAAGCUUUUGCAGAAGAUGCUGGUGGGGCACUGGGAGGGUGCAUAUGGCCUCCGAGGUCUUAUUCUUGCAGCUUUUGUGGGCGGGAGUUUAGAUCGGCUCAAGCUCUAGGAGGUCACAUGAAUGUCCACAGGAGAGAUAGAGCUAGGCUAAAGCAAUCCCCACCCACUGAUCCCGAACAUGAUGAUCAUCAGAAUCCCUUCUCACCUUUGGGUUUUCAGUGCCAGCCUGAUCAUGAGGUUUGUAACUUUGCUUAUAACCCUAACCCUAAUUCUCUUCCACCUAGUAAACAGAUUUGUCUUGAACAAACUUUAGUUCCUCCUUUAUCCUCACCAAUGGUCCAAGAAAGCCCCAAGAAGUCCCCAAAAUCAUGGUCAAACUCAGCAGCUGACAGAUAUUACCAUUUCUCUGAUCUGAGGGCUGAUGACGGAGACAAGAGUCCAAGAAUCCUAAAAUCUGAAUGUAGGGUUAAAGCAGAUUAUGUCCAAACUACUGAUUUGUCUUCAAGCUUGAGUCUAGUUGUUCGAGAAACACGCCCUACUACGUCUGGUAGUAGACAAGACAUCACCGUCGGCCGCAAGAGAAAGAGAACCGGUGAUCAUCAUACACCCACGACCUUACCCUUGUUCCUCAAGCCAAUCUCAACUGAAGACGACAUAGAUCUUGAGCUAAGGCUUGGUCAUCGAACCAAGGUAAGGUAGUUUCAUCGCAAGACCAUACUUUCGAUCUGGUCCUGUCUAAAAUUAUCAUAUGUUGUUUGUGAGUGUAACUUCGUUUACAUAUCUUAAGACAUCUUUGCUUAU